CAGUCAGCACCCAGUCUGUUUGGCCCGAGUCCAACCAACCAGUUCCCUCGGCGCGACCGCAGCCUCCCCCCGCCGGCCGUCCCAGCGACGCACGGGGGUCAGACCUGACCGGGCUCGAGCCGGACACGCCGGUCUGCAGUGCGCUCGCGGGCUUGUGAAUCUUUGCAAACGUUAACGUUCUGCCACGUCGCGUCGGUGAAAACAUCGGUGUUUCAAGCGCUCAGCGAGUUCUAUUUGUUCCAGUCCUUACCCGGAGGGGGUCCCUUUAUUGGAAGCACACUGACUGCGGGCAGAUAGCAGAAGAUACAAGGGAUCAAUUCGCUUCGUGACACCAGCGGGCGGCGGCUUGCUGUUGACAAUAAGUCAAGUGGAGUUUACUUUUGCAGCCGUCAUCUACGCUACAAACGGGACAAAAUCAGGUGCGAUUCUGGGGUAUUACAAGAUACAUCAUUAGCCCAGGAUUUUGUAACUAUUUCUUUCUAUUAUACCUAGAGGCCGGGCUAUCUGUGGUACACGUUUAUCCGACCCCAGUACGGCCACUGUUUCCCAACACAGUCAUCACGACUAGAACUGUGAGAAAACCUGCCGGAUUAGGAGAAUAUUCAACCAUUACUGGACUAGCGGAGGACUUGAGGAGUAUUGUCAGCGUCUGAAGCUUCUGUAGUAGGGGCCGGCUGCCUUCUGUGUAACAACUUGCUCGAUCGCCUAUGUGAGUUUGUCUGUUCGUAUUGAAGUAGAAGCAAACACAUUCGGACUGCGGAAUUGUGAGGAAGACUAAUUUCAGACUACAAAGGACGGUCUGUGCGGGUUUGUGGCCGUGUUGUUGCGGGUUUGUGGCCGUGUUGUUGCAGUUGAGCGAGUUUUCUCACCGUUCCGGCCACACUGACACCACCGACCAGCUGGCCGGACAUCUCCUUCUCUCCGGCCUACAUUUGGGACUUGUUAGAUUGGAUCUGGGACGAUCUGGUCACCUCUCGUGUUGGGUCAACUUCCGUUUUCACUCUUCAGAACCGGAACGUCCAGGUUUUCCCGGCCAAUUGAAACGUCCUUGUUAAUUUCCGUGCUUGGUUUCCCGAGUUUUCAGGACCGUGUUGGAGUUUUCGUCUCGGAGGACAGAACUUCAGAAGCAGCCGUUCAGCUGCUGAGACGGGCUGACAGAGAAGGGAAAACUUUGUACGCAAAACUGGAUAACUUUGCAAUUCGGUGAAUACUAGGAAUUUGAAGCUUGCUGUGAAGAAAGCUUGGAAGAUUUUGCUUCGCUCCCUGAGAAAAGCGUUCAAGAAAAACACAGCGUUUGAAACUCGAGCAGACGGGAGGUUUGAUUUUUAAGAAAAUGACGCAGAAUGUGAAGAUGGAAACGGACCACAAAAAGGUGAACUUGAUGACGCCAUCGAGCAUGCGCAGUUUGUUGGCUAUCCUGGGAACGAUAUUUCUCGGCGUGCUGGGUUUCCCCGUUCUCGUGACCAACGUGGAGGCGCCCAUGGGCAUGCGCGUGCGCGUUGUGUCCCGCCCCCGGAUGUGCGACAGGACCAGUAAGGAGGGGGACCUGCUGUCCGUGCACUUCAUGGGGUCACUGGGGUCAACGGACGGCAGCGUGUUCGACUCAAGCUACCACCGAAACCAGCCGCUGCAGUUCGUGGUUGGACGAGACCAAAUGAUCCCGGGGUGGGACCAGGGUCUGAUGGACAUGUGUGUCGGGGAGAAGCGCGAACUGAUGAUCCCCCCGCACCCCUCCCACAUCGCGUACCUUGGACCAGGCCUACACUCCGCAGGCAAACAGUUGGACGAGUCGCCCCUGGUCUUCAACAUUGAGCUGUUGGAUAUACUGGACUCACCCCCCGCUCCUGACGCAUUUGCAGAGAUCGAUAAGGACGGAGAUAAGCUGCUUUCUGUUGUGGAGGUCCAAGAUUACGUGAAGACGCUCGUGGCCGACGGUCUUGAGAUUCCCGACGGGAAGAAUAUGACUGAGGUAUUGUGGGAAAUCUUCCAGCACGAGGACCGAGACCGCGACGGCUUCAUCUCCCACUCGGAGUUUUCCGCUUUUAUCAAGGCUCCUUGUUUAAACCAGGCGUAA